GGAGGGAGCACUUUCAUUUGAACAUGUAUGCGUUACUAUGACGACUAAGCGAAGCUUCCUGUCUCCCGGGGGUCAGGUCGCCCAGGCGUGCGGGAAGCACGACACCCUGGGCCAGGACCUGGUGGCCAUGUGCGUGAACGACGUCCUUGCCCAGGGGGCGGAGCCUUUGUUCUUCCUCGACUACUUCUCCUGCGGAACCCUGGACGUGGGCGUGGCCUCGUCCGUCAUCGGGGGCGUGGCCGCCGCCUGUCGUUUGGCCGGGUGUGCUCUGCUGGGGGGUGAGACGGCAGAGAUGCCGGGCACCUACGGCCCCGGCGAGUACGACUUGGCUGGGUUCUGCGUUGGCGCUGCUGAGCGGGCGUCGCUGCUGCCCCGCCUGGCCGACAUCGCCGCCGGCGACGUCCUCCUGGGCGUGGCCUCCUCCGGCGUCCAUAGCAACGGCUUCAGCCUGGUGCGCCAGGUGAUGGGCCGUGCCGGGCUGGGCUACGGGGCAUCAGCACCCUUCGGAGAGCCGGGACGCACCCUGGGCGAGGUUUUGCUCACGCCCACAAAGAUAUACAGCCGCCUGCUCCUGCCCAUCCUGCGCAGUGGUGCGGUGAAGGCCUACGCCCACAUCACAGGGGGUGGGCUCUUGGAGAAUAUCCCCCGCGUUCUGCCCAAUGAGCUGGCAGUUGAUCUAGACGCGUCCCGCUGGUCCAUCCCCCCCGUGUUCUCCUGGCUCCAGGAGGCCGGUGACAUCAGCGACGAGGAGAUGGCCCGCACCUUCAACUGCGGCCUGGGCGCCGUGCUGGUGGUGGCAACCGCCGACGCCCAGGGGGUCCUGCUUCAGCUGCAAGCCCAGGAGGAGGCCUGGGUCGUGGGGUCGCUGGCCCACAAGCAGCCCGGGACGGAGCCUGUGGUAGUGCGUAACCUGAAGCGGAGCCUCCGCGCCGCAGGCCCCUCGGUUGACGUUGCGGCAGUCCAGGGCGAAGGUUGCCCUGACAACGGUGGAGGCAGUUGCCACGGCGAUGCCGCCGGCGAACCGCGAAAAAGGACGAGGGUGGCCGUCCUCAUCUCUGGCACGGGUACGAAUCUGCAGGCGCUGAUCGAGCAGGCCAAGCUGCCCUCCAGCUCGGCCGAGAUCGUGCUGGUCAUCUCCAACAGGCCCGGCGUGCUGGGGCUAAAGAGGGCGACGCUCGCCGGCAUUCAAGCUAGGGUGGUGGACCACAAGCUGUACGGCAGCCGGGCGGAGUUUGACGCCACCAUCGACCGCGUGCUGGAGGAGUUUCAGGUGGAGGCGGUGUGUCUGGCGGGCUUCAUGAGGAUCCUCACCGGGCCCUUCGUCAAGAAAUGGAACGGCAAACUCCUGAACAUCCACCCGUCCCUGCUGCCGUCCUUCAAGGGCGUCAACGCCCAGAACCAGGCCCUGCAGGCGGGGGCGCGGAUCAGCGGCUGCACGGUGCACUUUGUGGCCGAGGAGGUGGACUCCGGCGCCAUCAUCGCACAGGAGGCGGUGCCGGUGGAGGCGUCGGACACAGAGGACACCCUAUCCGAGAGGAUCCGCCAGGCGGAGCACAAGGCCUUCCCCAUCGCCAUGGAGCUGGUGGCCAGCGGGGCCGUCUGCCUCGGCCCAGAUGGACGCAUCGUCUGGAAGCACAGCGCACACAACUAGCCCCAUUAAAACUGAAACAAAAAAAGCUCAAUUUUGUUAAAUGAAAAAACAUGUUUGCGUUUUUCCGUCAGCCCUCAACUCUGUUGUUGCUUCCGAAUUGUGUCAAGUAAGUGACGUAUAUGUCUGUAAAAGAGACGAACUGUCGCUAUAAAUUUUUUCACCAUGACACUGGUAGUCAUUGUUACAAAAUCGGGUCAUAAUUUUCUGUAAAAAAAGUGUUAAUUCGUUAACAGGGCUGUUGAUUCCAAAACAAAUGCAUUUAUUUAGGUCUGGGUUUAUUGUAUUACUUAACUAUUUUAAGUAAUGGAAGACUUCAAUGUUUAAACCUGUGAGGAAAAGCCUUUGUGGUUUGCAAAGAGGGGACAGUGUUGCUUCAAAAAUCCUUAAUCCUAAUAUACUAAUUAGUUGUAUUGUUGCUAAACUGCUUUUUGAGAUGUUAUUGGUGGUAUUCCACUGCUUGGGUGAAUUAUUAAAAUGUUACACAAUUAAAUGUUCCCAAAUAUGAAUCAAGGUAGACAAGGUAGAUUGAAUUUAGUCAGUUCUCCCUUUUUAUUGGGUCACAGUUGGCUUGAUCUAGCCACACAAUCGCAUAUUAGAUGUUUUCUUUUGUCAAGUGACAGUGAAUGCUAAUGGUCCAGGGGUAAGACCUACUGGUUCAUCUGCUUGAGACCAGGGUUGAAGUCCUGCUUAUGUCGGAUGUUUUUUAUACAUUAUGUACAUUACUUCGGGCCCUUUGCUUUCGGCAAUUGAAGGUGUUAGUUUUUUGUUUCUAUUUCAGAGUUUGGUGUGGUUAAAGUCAGGAUAAAUUACAUGAUAUCCAAGUGCUAGCAAGUUUGUACCCAACAAAUUGCAGGCUGUUUAUGACGAGACAAUUAGAUGAGUAGGUGAACAAAAGUCACAUUGACGUAAAUGCAUUCUAAUUUUAUUUUAGCAGAAACAAGCAAUAUAAUUUGCAAAAUGAACAAACAAAUUUCAAAUUGCAAAAAGAUAAAAAUAAUCACUGCGACUUCAGUUUCAAAGAAGUCAGGGCCGGUAGAAUGCCGUCCAGACAGUCGACCUCUGGAAAUAAGGUUAAGAAAAAUGUAUUGGUUUAAGUUUCACGCUCACGUCGAAAAAACAAGUAUUCACAAAAUAAAACGGCCAAUGCUUUGUGCGGUCAUCGGUAGUUUACCCAGAGUUAGCAUCAGUUGCGUCGCCAGAGAGCGAAACGCCGGGAAGAAUUCCUCAUGCUCCUUCACCUUGACAAUAAUACUGCAGAAGGAAUAGAUGGUUUUACAAUUAAAAUUGCAGUUAGUAUCAAUGAUGCUAAAUUUAGCACCACCAAAACUAACUUCAUUGUCCAUAAUGAUAAUAUUAGCAUCCACAAUGCUAACGUAAGCAUCACCAAUGCUAACCAGCAGACAGCCUAGCGCUGUCUGCCGGAUGGGGGCCCAGAUGGGGCUUUUAGAGUUUUUCGAG